AUGAUCAACCAAAUAUCAAAAAAAGAAAUGCUAUCUUUUUUAUCAAUUUCACGUCGAUUUUGCAAAAAUAAAUCGCACGUGAGGCUAUUGACAUUUUGCUCAAAAAAUCAAUAUGCGCAUACUGAUUUACCGAAAGUAAGUUUUCAGGAUUAUCGUCAAAAAUCUCUACAAAAUUCGAAUGUAUCGGCCAAACGAAGUAUCGAUGAACGAAAAACGUCAACUUACGCAAUGUCUUUUGUGACCGGUGUUGCUCUGCUUUAUGGAGUAAAGUCUCAUAUGUUGCAUUAUAUAAUGUGUCUAUCCCCAUCACGUGACAUUUUAAUGGAAACACAAAUUGAAAUCUGUUUGCAAGAUAUAGCAGUAGGAAAAGUAUCUAUAUUUAAAUGGCGAGGAAAACCGAUCUUUAUUUAUCAUCGCCACAGUUCCAUUAUAAAACAAGAAAAAGAAGUAAAUAUUGCGAAAUUAAGGGAUCCCGAGAGCGAUGAUAAAAGGACCAAACGAUCCGAAUGGUUAAUCGUCAUUGGAAUUUGCACGCAUCUCGGUUGUGUACCUAUUCCUAAUUCCGGUAUGAUACCUGGUGGAUUUUAUUGCCCAUGCCAUGGAUCUCAUUUCGAUGCAUCUGGACGUAUACGUAGAGGUCCUGCACCUACCAACUUAGAAAUACCGGAAUACAAAUUCCUCUCUGAUAAUAUUAUUCUUAUUGGCUGA